GAAUGCCAAGUAGCCAGAGAGAGAAUAAAAGGGGGAGACCAAAAAAGAGAGACAGAGAAAGAAAGAGCAGCCCGGAGCCUCCGUUCCCCUUCACGCCUUCUCUCUCAAGCCAGACCCAUCAGCAGCGAUCUGAUCGCUCAAUUUUUGGAAACACUACUUUGCUGCAUUCAUUUCGACUUUGUCUCAAACCCUAAAUCACACUUCCCCAGAUCAAUUUUUUCCCAACAAUCUUUCAUUUUCCUCUCGUCGAUCAUCUCAUCGACGGCUUCCUUCCUACACUAACCCUAAAAUGGUCGUGAGUGGUACUGCCUCCAAUCAUUCUCCUCGACAUUCCCCUGAUCACCUGAGCAGUCCUCAACCACGGCGUGCUGUGAGGUCCGCUGUUUCUUCGCCGUGGAACCAGAUUGUUCGCGGUGAAUCGGAGCCAACUGCUGCUGUCCCUUUGUCUCCGUCGCCUCCGGCGACGCUGGUUGAAUCUUCCCCGGUCGCUCCGCCCUCUUUGCCCAUGGAUGAUUCGAGCUCUGUCGGCGAGAGCUUGGAGAACGGUAGCCUGCCGAAUGGCAAUACCGGUAAGAGGCCUGCUUGGAACAAGCCGUCCAAUGGGGUUGAUUCUGAAGCUAAGCCGGUCAUGGGAGCUGUUUCUUGGCCAGCCUUAUCGGAGUCUACCAGAGCAACGAUGAAGUCGACUACUGAAUCACCAAAAGGGGGGGCUGAUGGAUCGCCCGAAUCCCAGUUGCAGGGUGCUGGAAUCACACCUUCCUCUUCACAAAGACAAGCUGGUGAUAAUGCAAACCCAAACAAUGUGGUGCCAACUCGCCAGAAAUCAAUAAAACGAAAUGGUCCAAAUGCAUCAUUUAAUGGCAGCCACCCACAUCAAUCUGCACCUCAAGUUCAAAUAUCUGCACCAGGUUUCCACAACACCUCUCCAAGGGACUAUACACAAAGAAGUGGAUUUGUGUCUCAAACCCAUAAUGUUAAUGAUCACCCACAACAGCGUAAUUCAUUUAGGAAUCGUAAUGGUGGUCCACACCAGCGUGGCGAUGGUACUCAUCAUCAUAACUACAGCAGCAGGCGUGAACAAGAUCGUGGGAAUCAAGAUUGGAAUACUCAUCGUAAUUUUAAUGGUAGAGACACUCAUAUGUCUCCAAGAGCUUUUCCAAGAUUUAUGAGGCCGCCACCUCCACCUCCUCCUCCUAGUUCUGGUCAAUUUAUUCCCCCACCACCGGUGCGGCAUUUUGGUGGUCCAGUUGGAUUCCCUGAGUUAACGCCGUCAGUAGUAUAUGUAGCAGCUCCACACCCUGAUCCACUAAGAGGUGUUCCUUUUGUACCACCAAUACCACCUCAUGCGAUGUAUUUUCCAGCUCCUGAUCUUCAGUUACCUGCUAAAAUAGUCAACCAGAUUGACUACUAUUUUAGCGCCGAGAAUUUAAUUAAAGAUACAUACUUGCGGCAGAACAUGGAUGGCCAGGGUUGGGUCCCAAUAAAAUUAAUAGCUGGAUUCAAGAAAGUCAUGCAGUUGACUGACAACGUCCAGCUUAUAUUAGAUGCUCUUCGAACUUCAUCUGUUGUGGAAGUGCAGGGUGACAAAAUUAGGAGACGAAAUGAUUGGAGCAGAUGGAUCAUGCCUACUUCUGUUCACCCUCCUGAUGUUCUAGGCUCUCAAAGCCUUGGCCAGUUUGGUCAGGAUAUGUUGUUAGCAGUGCAAAAUAUCUCUCUAGAGAAUACAACUGGCGAUCAUGGUGCGGGACGGUUAGAUGUUCCAUCUGACACUUCACAGAACGAAUCAUCAUUUGGUGAUUUGAACAAUCGGUUGCAGCUUUCCACUGUUGAGGCAAUUGGUGAAGUUGGAAUUCAAGGAUCAGAUCACACUCUUUCUGCAAGAAAUUAAUUGUAGAUGUGCUUUAGCACAAUUUUGCGCGGAAUGUUUUUUAGAGGAAGUCAGGAAGCAGGAAUUUAAGAAUGAUCUCACGAUUUAUGCAGAGAGCGACUUUGCACCAGGAGCAAUUGGAUGUAUGAUAUUUCUCGAGGCAUUUGGGACGACAAUGCUGAAAAGACGAAACGAAAAGAUAGCGGAAGAAAACAGAUUCAGUUGUAAACCAUUCCACAAAAAAGGCACUUUCCUUUUCCUCUUUAUAUAUGGAGCUAGUAGCAUAACUCUCUUGAUUGCUUCUUGUUUUUAUGGAGUGGACUCUUUGAUGUUGGGAUGGUUGUUGCAUCAAUCGGGGGAUUUUUAUUUUCUUUCCCCUUACUACCCCACAGCUGCUUUUUAUAAUCUUUGGGGUCAGCAUUACAUGUGAGAUAGAUCGUGGGUGUUGAAUGCUUGGGCCACACAGUUGGUUAACUGCUUGUUUCCUCCGAAGAUAAAAAAGAAGUAAAGAUGAUUCUGCAGCCGGAGCUUGUCCUGCAAUUAUGCUGUUUUUACCUCACAUCAUAUUCGAAAUGACAUUGAUGUUUAUAUGCUUUCAGUUUUUCUGGAUUUAAACUUGCAGAGAUUUCAAAGCAUAAAUGCCUCUAGUGGGCAUAUCAGAACUUUAAUUAUCCAGGUUUUAGCUGGGGUGAUGUUGGGUUCUUGUCAAUCUAGACUUUGAUGUUGCAUGCUUCUUAAAUCCCAGCUGUUGGCUACUUUAUCUGGCUGAUUUAUCACUAUCUAUUGUAUCGAUUUAUUGGUA